UCCACGGGGACCUCAGGGGAGUCCUGCCUGGGCGGAAGCGGGCCCGGACACCUCUGGACAGGUGUCUCCCACGCGAAGUGAUCUGCCUCUGCACUUUGAACACAUUUGAAGAUGGUGAAGUUAGAUAUCCAUACUCUGGCCCAUCACCUCAAACAGGAGCGAUUGUAUGUGAACUCUGAGAAACAGCUCAUUCAGAGGCUGAAUGCAGAUGUACUUAAGACAGCUGAAAAGUUGUAUCGUACAGCAUGGAUUGCAAAGCAACAGAGAAUUAAUUUGGAUCGGCUUAUUAUAACCAGUGCGGAAGCUUCCCCAGCUGAAUGUUGCCAACAUGCCAAGAUUUUGGAAGAUACACAGUUUGUUGAUGGAUAUAAGCAAUUGGGAUUUCAGGAGACAGCUUAUGGAGAAUUCUUAAGUCGAUUAAGGGAAAAUCCUCGUCUUAUUGCAUCCUCCUUGGUUGCUGGAGAGAAGCUUAAUCAGGAGAACACACAAAGUGUUAUUUACACAGUUUUUACCUCCCUAUAUGGCAACUGCAUAAUGCAAGAAGAUGAAAGCUACCUCCUUCAGGUUCUGCGAUACUUGAUUGAGUUUGAACUUAAAGAAAGUGACAACCCCAGGCGACUUUUGAGGAGAGGAACUUGUGCCUUCAGCAUCUUAUUUAAACUGUUUUCUGAAGGACUCUUUUCUGCGAAACUUUUCCUCACAGCUACUUUACAUGAGCCAAUCAUGCAGCUGCUUGUUGAAGAUGAGGAUCACCUAGAAACAGAUCCAAACAAGCUAAUUGAGAGAUUCUCCCCUGCACAACAGGAAAAACUCUUUGGAGAGAAAGGCUCAGAUAGAUUCAGGCAAAAGGUUCAAGAGAUGGUGGAUUCCAAUGAAGCCAAACUAGUGACUUUGGUGAACAAAUUUAUUGGUUAUCUCAAACAGAACACAUACUGCUUUCCACAUAGUCUGAGGUGGAUUGUGUCUCAGAUGUACAAGACACUCUCCUGUGUAGAUAGACUAGAAGUUGGAGAGGUCAGAGCAAUGUGUACUGAUCUCCUGUUGGCUUGCUUCAUUUGUCCUGCAGUUGUCAACCCAGAGCAGUAUGGGAUAAUUUCUGAUGCUCCUAUUAAUGAAGUGGCACGAUUUAACCUGAUGCAGGCGCAGUUUGUAAUGUUUACCCUAAGGAUAAUGAGAUUUUCCCAUUGUUUACAAUUGCUUCCCAAAGUGGCAUUAGGACAACAGUUAGCAGCCAUCACUGCCUGGGAUUCCUCAGCUACCAACCUUACUUCGCACAUUACAUUAGUCACCCCAUUUGCAACUCGGAGCAGAAGUCGCAGUAAUAUGCUAGUGGAUCUACAUAUGGACCAUGAAGGAUCAUCUCAAGAAACUAUCCAGGAAGUACAACCAGAAGAGGUGUUGGUCAUUUCCUUAGGGACAGGUCCCCAGCUUACUCCAGGGAUGAUGUCAGAAAAUGAGGUCCUAAAUAUGCAGCUUUCGGAUGGAGGGCAAGGAGAUGUCCCUGUUGAUGAAAACAAACUCCACGGUAAACCUGAUAAAACGUUGCGCUUUUCCCUCUGCAGUGAUAAUCUGGAAGGCAUAUCUGAAGGUCCUUCAAAUCGCUCCAAUUCGGUGUCUUCUCUAGACCUGGAAGGAGAGUCUGUGUCAGAACUUGGAGCAGGACCUUCUGGGAGUAAUGGAGUUGAAGCUCUACAACUGUUAGAACAUGAGCAAGCUACCACGCAAGAUAAUCUUGAUGAUAAGCUAAGGAAGUUUGAGAUUCGUGACAUGAUGGGUCUAACAGAUGAUAGAGACAUAUCAGAAACAGUGAGUGAGACCUGGAGUACAGAUGUCCUGGGAAGUGACUUUGACCCUAACAUUGAGGAAGAUCGCUUACAAGAAAUUGCAGGUGCAGCAGCAGAGAACAUGUUGGGCAGUUUACUGUGCCUCCCAGGUUCAGGGUCAGUGCUUCUUGACCCCUGCACAGGCUCUACCAUAUCAGAAACAACAAGCGAAGCUUGGAGUGUAGAGGUAUUACCAAGUGACUCAGAGGCCCCAGACUUAAAGCAAGAGGAGCGCCUACAAGAGCUGGAGAGUUGUUCUGGACUGGGCAGCACAUCUGAUGAUACGGAUGUCAGGGAGGUCAGUUCCCGCCCCAGCACACCAGGCCUCAGUGUUGUGUCCGGAAUAAGUGCAACAUCUGAGGAUAUUCCCAAUAAGAUUGAAGACCUCAGAUCUGAGUGCAGCUCUGAUUUUGGGGGUAAAGAUUCUGUCACUAGUCCAGAUAUGGAUGAAAUAACUCAUGGUGCCCACCAGCUGACAUCUCCUCCUUCUCAGUCAGAGUCUCUGCUCGCCAUGUUUGAUCCACUUGCUUCUCAUGAAGGGGCUUCUGCUGUGGUAAGACCGAAAGUUCACUAUGCUAGGCCAUCACAUCCACCACCAGAUCCCCCAAUCCUGGAAGGAGCAGUGGGAGGAAACGAGGCCAGGCUGCCCAACUUUGGUUCUCACAUGUUAACUCCCGCUGAAAUGGAGGCAUUCAGACAAAGGCACUCUUACCCUGAGAGACUAGUUCGAAGCAGGAGUUCUGACAUAGUUUCUUCUGUCCGACGGCCCAUGAGUGAUCCCAGCUGGAAUCGACGUCCAGGAAAUGAAGAGCGAGAACUUCCUCCAGCCGCAGCCAUUGGUGCUACUUCUUUGGUGGCUGCAUGUCACUCAUCAUCAUCAUCCCCGAGUAAAGACUCCUCCAGAGGAGAGACUGAAGAACGCAAAGAUAGCGAUGAUGAGAAAUCAGACAGGAACAGACCUUGGUGGAGAAAACGUUUUGUUUCAGCCAUGCCUAAAGCUCCUAUACCAUUUAGAAAGAAAGAAAAACAAGAAAAAGACAAAGAUGAUCUGGGGCCUGACAGAUUCUCAACACUCACAGAUGAUCCCAGCCCUAGGCUCAGUGCACAAGCUCAGGUUGCUGAAGACAUUCUGGACAAGUACCGGAAUGCCAUUAAACGGAGCAGCCCCAGUGAAGGAGCAAUGGCAAACUAUGAAAGUACAGAGGUCUUGGCUGAUGGUGAAAGUGCACAUGAUUCUCCUCGUGAUGAAACUCUACAGAACAUCUCAGCUGAUGAUCUCCCUGACUCUGCCAGCCAAGCAGCUCACCCUCAGGACUCAGCUUUCUCCUACAGAGAUGCAAAAAAGAAACUGAGGCUUGCUCUUUGCUCUGCGGACUCUGUUGCCUUCCCAGUGCUAACUCAUUCAACAAGGAAUGGAUUGCCAGACCAUACAGACCCAGAAGACAAUGAAAUUGUAUGCUUCUUAAAAGUUCAAAUAGCUGAAGCAAUCAAUUUACAAGACAAGAACUUAAUGGCUCAACUUCAGGAAACCAUGCGCUGCGUGUGCCGCUUUGAUAGCAGGACCUGCAGGAAGCUGCUGGCGUCCAUCGCUGAGGACUACAGGAAAAGAGCCCCGUACAUUGCUUAUCUUACACGCUGUCGACAAGGACUGCAGACCACACAGGCUCACCUGGAAAGGCUCUUGCAAAGGGUUUUGCGGGACAAAGAGGUGGCUAAUCGGUAUUUUACCACUGUUUGUGUGAGAUUAUUGCUUGAGAGCAAAGAAAAGAAGAUCAGAGAAUUCAUUCAAGACUUUCAGAAACUCACAGCAGCUGAUGAUAAAACUGCUCAAGUAGAAGAUUUUCUGCAGUUCCUUUACGGUGCAAUGGCUCAGGAUGUCAUCUGGCAAAAUGCCAGUGAAGAACAGCUUCAGGAUGCCCAGUUGGCUAUCGAACGCAGUGUGAUGAACCGGAUUUUCAAGCUUGCUUUCUAUCCUAAUCAGGAUGGGGACAUACUUCGUGACCAGGUUCUUCAUGAACAUAUCCAGAGAUUGUCCAAAGUGGUAACUGCAAACCACAGAGCUCUUCAGAUACCAGAGGUGUAUCUUCGGGAGGCACCGUGGCCAUCUGCACAGUCAGAAAUCAGGACAAUAAGUGCAUACAAAACCCCCCGGGACAAAGUGCAGUGCAUCCUGAGAAUGUGCUCCACCAUCAUGAACCUCUUGAGCCUGGCCAACGAGGACUCCGUGCCCGGGGCAGAUGACUUUGUCCCCGUGUUGGUGUUCGUUCUCAUAAAGGCAAACCCACCCUGUCUGCUGUCCACCGUGCAGUAUAUCAGUAGCUUCUACGCCAACUGUCUGUCUGGGGAGGAGUCCUACUGGUGGAUGCAGUUCACAGCAGCUGUGGAAUUCAUUAAAACCAUUGAUGACCGGAAGUGACCAAGACCCAAACCCACCACCACAGCCAAUUGUUAGUCUGGCAAACAAUCCCCUAAGAACAUGUAGCCGCUGCUUUGAAGGCUGAAGAUUGUUUUUGUAUAAUAUUGUACAGCAUUCAGACAUUUUAAAACAGAUCUUUACUAAACAGAUUAAUGUGCUAACAAGCAGGCUCUUUUUUCUUUGGGCUCUUCUCCUUUGUGAUAAUGCAUACUGUAUCCCCUUGUCCCACAUAGAGGAUAUUACUCAGAAGGGGACCAACAUUGAAGAACAGACCAGACUCUCUUAGGAAAUUUCUAGAUCUCCAUAUGGAUAUCCCAUUCUUUUAUUUUCAAAAAGAAUAGUACACCUCUUUUAAUAUGCAUCAAAUGGAAGGAAGAUACCAUCUGCACUGAGGAUUAGAACAGUGGUAUUUGUGGCAUUAUCUAUAAAUACACUCACCUCUAAGUUGAGAAGCUAAGAAGGAAAUGUAAAUAUAAUAUAUAUUUAUAUUUGAUGUAAUAUGGACAUCUUCAGAUUCUAAUAAACAAGGAAUAUUGCUGAUAGUAGGUUGUGACAUACCCUCUUGUGAAAUGGUUUCCUUGACAAAAUUUAAGCUGAGCUUAAAAGCAGAAAACACACAGGAGUAUUUAUGAAAGUGUGAAUCAGUUUAUUGAAGUCUGUAGUCAUGGUGUCUGCCAAGGAGUGUGGUGCCUAGGCCGGCCUCGCCAUGGACGUGCGGAAUCCUGCAUAGGAGCAGACUUCAGUCCUCACACACUCCAUAGGAACAAGCAGUUGCCUCUGCCUGCGCUGUGGUACUUCUUCUCUGGAUGCUAAGUGUUCCCUAGAAACCCCAAACAGAGCUCCUUGCAACCCUUUAACUGUUCGAUAACUUUAAUGAUUAUUCACAUUGAAUGCACAGAUCAGAAAUUCAGUGAAUGUCAUUUUUUUAAAAAAAACACACAACUAAUUUGUAUUGUCUGCUCUAGUGUUACAAGUUUUACUAGUGAUAAACUAUUUUAAUCAACCAUCCUAUUCUUAUGGAAAGAAAUCUAUUUUGGCAGGUUUCUGUGCCUUUUUUUUCCCUCUUCUGUGUUUCACUAUUGGUUUGCAUUGCACACCAGUAAUUAAUUAAUCAGGACUAGCCUUUGGUGCCGAGCAGCUGGCCAAGGAGACACACCAGAGCUUCAAGCACACACCUGGUACAUAGGCUGUCGCUGACCACUUCCCAAGUGUCAGCUUCUUUUAUGACAAAUGCUGUAGCCCCGUAAUUUUGAGUCUUGUUGUUGGCAGCAUUUCCAGGCAUCUUUAAAGAGACCUUUGAGCACCAAUUUUGAGUAGAUGGACACAGGCUGCUGCUGUCCAAGAUCUGUUUCAUAAUGCCAAAAGAAGCUGAGUAUUCUUCAUGCCUCCACCUCUUCUAAUUCAUUUAUUUUAAAGUACCAAAAUGGUCAUUUUUAUAGGAGUGUGGGAUGGGGUUUCUGCCUUCUAAGGAGAGAUCAGAGUCAAAACUAGUACUGCAAAAUGUCCUUUUGAAUGUCUGAUGGAGAAACCCAUAGUCAUGAGCUUCAUGGGCCAUCACUGUCACCCUGCCAGGGUAUUAGAAGUCAUAUGCCAUCAUAAGUACACAAAGACUAUGUAACACGUCUUCUGGAACCUAGAUAGGAGUCCAUUUUCUUCAGCCUUUGAUUCAAUAAAUCUUAAUCAACAGAAGUCUUGGAAUACUUGGAAUUCAUUGUUACGGGAUUUAACUCAUAAAUCAAUGAGAUUGUUUUUUCCCCCUUUGCAAUGGUAACUAAAUAUACCCCAUGUUAUCAUUGUGGAAAUAAAUAUGAAGAUGUGGACAUUGCACCAGCGCUCUUUGUGUGUGGUAUACGACUGCACUGGAGGCAGGAAGUGGCCUCUACAGUGCUCACGCUGGUGGUGAGAUGGAGAUCAGCAUUGUACACCUCUGUACUCAAGCCAGCAGAGGAGCACAGUGCUGUUCUAGGCCAGCCAGCUGUUCCAGGAUUUCCCUCUGAAAACCCUGUCCAGAGCUAGGGGUUAUCAGCAGUAACCAUCAUCAGUUUGGUUUCAUGGUGGAACUUCUUGUAGGGUUGAUUUUUCAGUUUAGGAUUUAGUCAUCUAUAGUUGUAGGAGUAUGCAAGAAGUAGAUGUUUGAGUAGUUCAUACUAUGUUUCCUUCCUUCCUUUUCUAUAGGAAGGAUUAGUGCAAAAGCACAAUUUCACCCUUGGUAAACAUUACACCAGUUAUUUCAGAACUGACAGAAUGGUUAGUGGGGAGACAGUGGCUCAGCUCACUGAAGUCUUAUAGAAUGAACGUCUCUUAAAGGAAGAGAAAGAUGAGUUUAUAUUUGCUGAUAGUAUUCUGCUUCUGGAAGGAAUAGGAAUACAAGCUGAAGAUGGUCCUUGUGAAAAAGUGGGGGGAGGUUGGGGAAUAAACACCUGGUAAAUAUUUUGUUUUCUCUCUCCAUUUUGGUUAAUACUUUGGCCUUACUCAUCACUUUCUUUUGCUUUUUCUCUGUAAAAACCUGUGUAUGAACGUCUUUAGACACAGAUAUACAGCGGUAGUAGGGAAUCAGGACCUCCAGGGGAUUGAAAAUAGAAAUGAAUGAUAUGUGGUUUUUAUUUUCCUCUUGUAUCCUGAAAGCCUUUAUCUCAAGUGGACUUUAGAAAUAUAUAUAUUCUUAAAGUACAUACACACAAAGAACAAAAUCCUAGCCCCUGAACAGUAAAGAGCUGGCGCGAGUUCUUGCCUGAGAGCCUGGAGCAGCAGGUAGAACAGAGGUUCUCUCUUCUGUCAGAGCAAUUGCUGUUUGGGCCAAGCAUAGAUAGGUAGGUCAGCGAGGUGUUUUAAAUGUGUGAGAUUUAAUGGUGAGAAGAGGGGAAGUUCUUAGUGGAUUUUGUAACUGUGAUAGAAAUGUAGUGAUUUGUGUACUCAGGGCCACAGCCCACACUGCUGCCUCUUCAUUUGACGUCUGUGUGUUUUCCCUCACAGUUUUUUGAAGUCUAGUGAGUUGAUUCUUUAAGCAAUUGCUGUCAUUGGGAGGAGGGGUAGAUACAGGCUUUUUUGAUGCUCAAAGUAUUUUUAGAAAGUGAACAACAAUGCUAUUUGCCAAGAUGUUUGACAGCAUUGCCAAAUGGGUAGUUUCUCUAUGUUAAGGAUGUAGGGUGACCGGGAAUAGCUUUGUUACCGGUGAGAACACUUGGAAGAAAUACAAUAGAGCCAGAUGCCCGGGGAAGCUGGGGCUAACCAUGGAGUCCCCGAAGCGGAGUUCAGCAGUCUGAGAUGGGGGCCUUCAUCUCUGCCAAGGUGCCAGUCUGUCCUGUCUACCGUAUCCAUGUGUCACCUGUACUACAAAGCUUUGUAUUGCCCCUCCAACUGACCGCCCUCUGUACAGGUCCACUCAUGAGCCUGCAGUCGUGUAUGUGAGCAGGAGGAGUGGGCCUGCCUCCCACGCAAUUACUGUACUGUCAUUCUGUGAAACUGAUUAAAAGGGAGGGCAGUCUCUA